AUCUUUAAAAUACAUUGCAUAUUUGUUCUUGCUAAAAAGCCCUCCUUGCUGUUAAUAUUCUCCUCCAUCUUCAAACAUGGGAAAGACAAGGGGUAUGGGAUCUGCGCGUGUCUUAAAAACGCGUCGAAAGACACAGAGGUGGUCAGACAAGAGCUACAAGAAGUCUCACCUAGGAAAUGAAUGGAACAAGCCUUUUGCUGGGUCUUCUCAUGCAAAAGGAAUCGUCCUUGAGUUAAUAGGAGUCGAGGCUAAGCAGCCUAACUCUGCCAUCCGUAAGUGUGCUAGAAUACAGCUUAUCAAGAACGGAAAGAAGGUUAUCGCUUUUGUCCCCAACGAUGGUUGUUUGAACCUCCUUGAACCAAAUGACGAGGUAUUGAUAUCUGGAUUUGGUCGCAAGGGUCAUGCUGUGGGAGAUAUUCCGGGAGUUAGGUACAAGGUCGUCAAGGUUUCUGGUGUUUCACUCAUGGCUCUCUACAAGGGAAAGAAGGAGAAGCCAAGGUCUUAAAUAAAGCUUAUUCACGAUUUUGAUGUCAUAAGCACUUUUCUUUUUUUCAGUUAAAAAAACUCUUGUGUUUUUUUCUACUUUCAGUAACUUCUUGUUUUGAAACUUUAUGAGUUUUUGAGUUUAAUUCCCUACCUUAUAAUAUGUUUAUUGGUUUUUCUUGAA